AUGAUGGUGAUGAAAGUGCUUACUCAACAUUCAGGAAAAGAUACUUCUGAAAAUACAAAUCAAUCACCAAGUAACCUCAAUGACUCUCAGAGAAUUAAAUUAUUUAAACCAACUUCUUAUACAUAUGCAAAUAAUGCCAGUACAAAGAUAGAAAUGGAUACAUACUGCAAUAUUAUUAACAACAAAGAGAUGAAAAAAGACUUAUGGAAAAAUGAUAUGCAGAUAGCCCAAAAUUCAGAUUUUAAUUAUCUUUCUAUAAAUAAUACUUUUUCUGCUUCUGCAAAUACAAAAGAAAUUAAAAAAGCACCAUCAUUUCCACGUAUUUCAGACAUCUCUAGUACGGAAGUAAUAUCUAAAAAUGACACCGUGGUUUUGAGGCCUGUGACUGAAAUCCCCACUCAAUUUAGAAAUAUUUUCAAAGAGUUCCCUUAUUUUAAUUUUAUUCAGUCUAAGGCUUUGGAUGAUAUUCUUUACACAGACAGAAAUUUUGUAAUCUGUGCACCAACUGGUUCUGGGAAAACUGUGAUGUUUGAGCUUGCAGUUACCAGAUUAUUAAUCAAAGUGCCAAUACCUUGGUUAAAUAUUAAAAUUGUAUAUAUGGCUCCAAUAAAAGCUCUCUGCAGUCAGCGCUUUGAUGAUUGGAAAGAAAAAUUUGGACCCAUUGGACUCAUCUGUAAGGAGCUAACAGGAGAUACAGCAGUGGAUGAUUUAUUUGAGAUACAGCAUGCUCACAUUAUUUUGACUACACCAGAAAAGUGGGAUAGCAUGACUAGAAAGUGGAGAGAUAACUCUUUAGUUCAGCUAGUGAGACUUAUCCUCAUUGAUGAGGUACAUGUUGUAAAAGAUGAGAGCCGGGGUGCUACUCUUGAAGUUGUGGUCAGCCGGAUGAAAACUAUUCAGUCUUCUUUUCUACAAAGUUCUGACAAUCCUAGCACAGUAUUUCCCAUGAGAUUUGUGGCAGUUUCUGCAACGAUUCCAAAUGCAGAAGACAUUGCAGAAUGGCUUUCAGAUGGCAAGAGGCCUGCUGUAUGCCUGAAAAUAGAUGAAAGACACCGUCCAGUGAAGCUGCACAAAGUUGUGCUUGGAUUUCCUUGCAGUAGCAAUCAAACUGAAUUCAAAUUUGACUUAACACUUAACUAUAAAGUAGCUAGUGUUAUUCAAACAUAUUCUGAACAAAAGCCAACACUUGUGUUCUGUGCCACAAGGAAAGGAGUUCAGCAAGCUGCUUCUGUACUAGCAAAAGAUGCUAAAUUUAUUAUGACUAUAGAACAAAAACAAAGAUUACAAAGAUCUGCAAAUUUAAUAAAAGAAGCCAAGCUUAGGGAUCUUCUCAUUUAUGGAGUUGCUUAUCAUCAUGCUGGAGUAGAAGUGUCUGAUAGAAAAAUAAUUGAAGCAGCUUUUAAUAUGGGAGACAUACCAGUUCUUUUUACUACUAGUACACUUGCCAUGGGAGUAAAUUUACCAGCACACCUGGUAGUUAUAAAAUCAACAAUGCAUUAUGCUGGAGGAAUGUUUCAAGAGUACAGUGAAACUGAUAUUUUGCAAAUGAUUGGGAGAGCAGGAAGACCUCAAUUUGAUACAACAGCAACAGCAGUUAUCAUGACAAGGCUAAGUACAAGAGACAAGUAUGUUCAUAUGUUAAAUGGUGCAGAUACAAUAGAAAGCAGUUUGCACAAACAUCUAAUUGAGCACUUAAAUGCUGAAAUAGUGCUUCACACCAUUACUGAUGUGAACAUAGCUUUAGAAUGGGUGAGAUCAACUUUCCUCUAUAUCAGAGCUUUGAAGAAUCCAGCUUAUUAUGGGUUUUCAGCUGAGCUGGACAGAAAUGGAAUUGAAGCAAAAUUACAAGAACUAUGUUUGAAGAAUUUGAAUGAUUUGUCAUCACUUGAUCUGAUCAAGAUGGACGAUAACCUCUACUUCAAGACCACAGAAACUGGACGACAGAUGGCUUGGUAUUAUAUUGCAUUUGACACUGUAAAAAAGUGUUUCAUGAUUAAUGGAACAGCAACUUUAUCUGAACUGGUUGAAUUGAUAUCUGGUUGCAGUGAAUUUUCAGACAUCAAGUUAAGAACAAAUGAGAAAAAAGUACUUAAUUCCUUGAACAAAGACAAGAAGUGGAUGAACAUAAGAUAUCCAAUGGAAGGAAAUAAAACAAGAGAAAUGAAAGUAAACUGUCUUAUUCAGGCACAGCUAGGAUGCAUUCCCAUACAAGAUUUCACCUUGACGCAAGAUAUAGGAAAGACUUUUUAGAAAUGCAUAAGACUUACAAAAUGGUUAUCUGAAUUUCUGGCUACCCAUCAAAACAACUUUAUUGUAUUACUUAACGCUUUGAUUAGCGAAGUGCUUCAAUGUAGACUUUGGGAAAAUUCACUCUAUGUAGCCAAACAGUUAGAAAAAAUUGGCAUGAGUUUAUCAAAUGCAAUGAUGAAUGCAGGACUGACGUCCUUUAAAAAAAUAGAAGAUACAAAUGCAAGAGAGCUUGAAUUGAUUUUGACCAGACAUCCUCUUGGAAAUCAGAUUAAAGAAUCAGUAGCACACCUUCCAAAAUAUAAACUUAACAUAGAGCAGCUGACAAAGUACAAUGAAGGAGUAGCUGAAAUCAUAGUGACAAUCAUAUUAACCAACUUUGAACAGAUGCAGAUAAAAAGAACUGCUCCAGAUUCUCAUUAUGCAACCCUCGUAAUAGGAGAUAAUGAUAAUAAUGUGGUUUUUAGACAAAGAAUUAUGGAUUCUGCUUUGCUGAAAACUGGAAAUGGGACUAAAAAGAUUGAAGUGAGAAGAGCUGGUAAAUUUGAUGAGCUUAAUAUAAAUCUAAUCAGUUCUGAAUAUGUGAAACUGCAUUCUGCUUUACAUUAUAUUGUAUCAUGGAAAAAAGUCAUCCAAAUGGGAAAUAGAAAAUGCAAUCCCCACUGCAAAAAUAAAGAAACUUGUGGACAUGACUGUUGUAAAAUUGGAGUUUCAGAGAAAUCUAACAUGAAGAAUGACUCAGCUUUUUCUUCAUAUCUUACUGACUUAAGAAACAGGAAUGCUGAAUCUGCCAUUCCCCCAGUCAAGCGACUAAAGAUGCAGAUGUCAAAUAAAUCUCAAGUCAAUCUUAAACAAUUUAGUUAUAUUCCAAAAGCUUCUCUUCCAGGAUUGCCAAGAUUAGAACAUGGACAACAUCCAAGAUCUCCUUUACCAGAAGACAUCUAUAGUUCUAAUGUCUGUCAAACAUUUCAACUGGAACCUGAAGUUCGCAAAAUGAAUGAUAAAAGCAUCUCUUUGUUUUCUGAAACUUUGAAUGUAAAUUUUGAAUUAGGAAAUGAAAUUUGGAGUGAUUACAAUGAUGGGAAUCACAGCAACGCUAAUAUGCAGAAGUUAAAAGAUCCAGGCUAUCAACUUGAUGACAAUGGGGAUAUUAAGCCUUUUCUUGGCAUAUUUGAUGGCCUUUUCUAA